UGUCAUUAAAACAAUCUACUCUCCCUCUUUCCCUCUCUUUUUGCUAUAAACAAACCCCGUCAAAACUUGACCCUCUCCUCUCUUUCGUUUCUUCUUUUUCUUCGAUUUUUCUCUUAUUUUUAUAGCAUCAUGCAGGCCUUCCGCCGUGGCACCCUUUCGGCCCUCCAGAAUGUUGCUGCUGUGCAGCGCCGGGGAUAUGCCAGUGCCAGCGCAAUUUACUCUGAGACUGUCCCUAACCUUCGCAUUAACGGCGACACUAAGGUGAUCUACCAGGGUUUCACCGGAAAGCAGGGAACUUUCCACGCCGAGCAAGCCAUUGCCUAUGGUACCAAGGUUGUUGGUGGUACCAACCCCAAGAAGGCCGGCUCGACGCACUUGGACCGCCCUGUGUUCGCCAACGUCAGCGAUGCCGUGAAGGAGACUGGCGCCACUGCUUCUGCUAUCUUCGUCCCCCCCCCGCUCGCCGCUAAGGGUAUCGAGGAGGCCAUUGCGGCUGAGAUUCCUCUAGCUGUCUGUAUCACUGAGGGUAUUCCUCAGCACGACAUGGUGCGCAUUACGGACAUCUUGAAGACCCAGAACAAGACCCGUCUGGUCGGUCCUAACUGCCCCGGUAUCAUUGCUCCCGGUCAAUGCAAGAUCGGCAUCAUGCCUGGUUUCAUCCACAAGCGUGGUCGCGUUGGUAUCGUCUCUCGUUCCGGUACCCUGACCUACGAGGCUGUGAACCAGACUACUCAGGCCGGUCUUGGUCAGUCCCUCGUCGUUGGUAUCGGUGGUGACCCCUUCUCCGGUACCAACUUCAUUGACUGCCUUCGUAUCUUCCUUGAGGACCCCGAGACCGAGGGUGUCAUCAUGAUUGGUGAGAUUGGUGGUAGCGCCGAGGAGGACGCCGCCGAGUUCUUCAAGGCCAACAACAAGUACAACAAGCCUGCUGUCAGCUUCAUCGCUGGUAUCAGCGCUCCCCCGGGCCGCCGUAUGGGUCACGCUGGUGCCAUCGUCAGCGGUGGUAAGGGUGGUGCCGACUCGAAAAUUUCCGCUCUGCAGGAUGCCGGUGUUGUCGUGGAGAGAAGCCCCGCUGCUCUGGGCAAGACCCUGCUUGCUGAGUUUGUCAAGCGUGACCUUGUCUAGAUUCGUUUGAAGUGGAAUAAGCAUUCUCCGACUUUGAGGGACGCGCCCCGAAGUCGGUAGUGAUGCGUAGUUGUGUGCGUACGGAAGGGCCGGGAUAUAUACCCAUCAACCUGACGGGCUCAUUUGUUUACUUUUAUUUUUCCUACUCGGUCAUGACUGUACUUCUCUGUUUCCUUUUUCUAUGUUUAGAGUGUCUAAGGCUAUACUUUUCUUUGUAGAAAUUGUUUAUUUUGCAGUACGAUUGUCUGAAUGAAGAAGUUGUGCGGUGCCGUA